AUGGCCAAGAGCGGCUCGCUGAGUAUUCGCGUGGUGGAGGGACGGGCGCUGCCCGCCAAGGAUGUGUCUGGGAGCAGUGACCCCUACUGCCUGGUGAAAGUGGAUGAUGAGGUUGUGGCCAGGACAGCAACCAUCUGGAGGAGCCUGAGCCCCUUCUGGGGAGAGGAGUACACCGUGCACCUGCCACUGGACUUCCACCACCUGGCCUUCUACGUGCUGGAUGAGGACACGGUUGGACAUGACGAUACCAUUGGGAAGAUCUCCCUGAGCAAGGAGGCGAUCACAGCCGACCCUCGAGGGAUCGACAGCUGGAUCAACCUCAGCAGAGUGGAUCCAGACGAGGAGGUGCAGGGCGAGGUCUACCUGGCUGUGAAGCUGCUGGAGGAUGCUCGGGGCCGAUGCCUCCGCUGCCAUGUGAGACAGGCCAGGGACCUGGCCCCCCGGGACAUCUCCGGCACGUCAGACCCAUUCGCACGCGUGUUUUGGGGCAACCAUAGUUUGGAAACGUCGACAAUCAAGAAGACCCGCUUCCCACACUGGGAUGAAGUGCUGGAGCUGCGGGAGGCGCCAGGGACCACGUCCCCAUUGCGAGUGGAGCUCUGGGAUUGGGACAUGGUGGGCAAGAAUGACUUCCUGGGAAUGGUGGAGUUCACCCCACAGACCCUCCAGCAGAAGCCACCCAAUGGCUGGUUCCGCCUCCUGCCCUUUCCUAAAUCUGAGGAUUCUGGGGGGAGCCUGGGUGCCCUGCGGCUGAAGGUGCGCCUCACUGAGGACCGUGUCCUGCCUUCCAAGUACUACCAGCCUCUCAUGGAUCUCCUUCUAGAGUCGGUACAGGGCCCAGCUGAGGAGGACACCACCAGCCCCCUGGCUGUGCUGGAGGAGCUGGCCUCUGGGGACUGCCGUCAAGACCUUGCCACCAAGCUGGUGAAGCUCUUCCUGGGCCGAGGCCUGUCUGGGCCCUUUCUAGACUACCUCACAAGGCGUGAGGUGGCUCGAACCAAUGACCCCAACACCCUCUUCCGUUCUAACUCCUUGGCAUCCAAGUCGAUGGAGCAGUUCAUGAAGCUCGUGGGCAUGCGCUACCUGCACGAGGUCCUGAGGCCGGUCAUCAGCCGUGUCUUCGAGGAGAAGAAAUAUAUGGAGUUGGACCCUUGCAAGAUGGACCUGAACCGCUCCCGGAGGAUCUCCUUCAAGGGCACGCCUACAGAGGAGCAGGUGCGGGAGACCAGCCUGGGGCUGCUGACCGGAUACCUGGGGUCCAUCGUGGACGCCAUCGUGAGCUCUGCAGGGCGCUGUCCGCUUGCCCUGCGCCUGGCCUUUAAGCAGCUCCAGCGGUGUGUGGAGAAACGCUUCCCCGGGGUGGAGCAUCAGGAUGUGAAGUACCUGGCCACCAGCGGUUUCCUCUUUUUACGGUUCUUUGCGCCUGCCAUCCUCACACCGAAGCUGUUCGACCUCAGAGACCAGCACGCGGACCCACAGACCAGCCGCUCCUUGCUGCUGCUUGCCAAGGCCGUGCAGAGCAUUGGAAACCUGGGCCAGCAGCUGGGCCAGGGCAAGGAGCUGUGGCUGACCCCCCUCCACCCCUUCCUGAUGCAGAGCAUCUCGCGUGUGAGGGACUUCCUGGACCAGCUGGUGGAUGUGGAUGGGGAUGAGGAGGCUGGGGGGCCAGCCUGCACCCUGGUCCAACCCUCAACAAUUGUUCGGGAAGGCUUCCUGCUGAAGCGUAAGGAGGAGCCCGCCGGCCUGGCCACACGCUUUGCCUUCAAGAAGCGCUACUUCCGGCUGAGCGGGAAGGACCUCUCCUACUCCAAGACUCCAGAGUGGCAGGUUCACUCAUCCAUCCCAGUGUCCUGCAUCCGUGCUGUGGAGCGUGUGGAUGAGGGUGCCUUCCAACUACCACAUGUCAUGCAGGUGGUGACGCAGGAUGGCACCGGGGUGCCACAUACCACCUACCUCCAGUGCAAGAAUGUGAAUGACCUCAACCAAUGGCUGUCAGCCCUGCGUAAAGCCAGCGCCCCCAACCAGGACAAGCUGAUGGCCUGCCACCCGGGUGCCUUCCGCAGUGGACGCUGGACCUGCUGCCUCCAGGCUGAGCGCUCAGCUGCCGGCUGCAGCCGCACACACUCAGCCGUCACGCUGGGAGACUGGAGUGACCCACUGGAUCCUGACGCCGAGGCCCAGGUGGUGUAUCGCCAGCUGCUCCUGGGGCGGGACCAACUCAGGCUGAAAUUGCUGGAGGACUCCAGCCUGGACCCAGCUCCAGAGGUGGACCCCGGGAAGGACUCUGGUGCCGCGGAUGGGGCCUGCGUGGAGGUUCUGACUCAGCAGAGAGACGCCAUCACCCAUCUGCUGCAGGUACUUGAAGACUUGGAGCAAGCCCACGAGGAGUUCCAGAGGCAGGGACAGGGGCGAGUGGCCCGCUAGGAUGCUGGAUGCUGAGGCGGUGCCAGAGCCAGUUGAGGACAAGGAGCCACGGGGCCUCCCCCAGCGCAGUCUGGCCCAGGCAUCUCCUCUAGGCUGCCCUUCUUCACUGCUGUGGCCUGGAGCCUCCCAGACAAAGCCUGGUCCUGUGUGCCCUGUGGCCAGCCAGGGCGUGGGAGUCUUUGGCAGGGUCCAGCCCUGUACUGGCCAGACCUCACUGUCUCCUCUGAGUCCAGAGUCUCGGCUUCACUGGAUGCCCCUCGGCCAGUGCCGGUGGAGCCCACAUCUCACCCUGAGCUGCUGGAUACAGCUGUGUCUGAGUGUGCUUUCCUCCUGUCUCAGGCCAGCACCAAAUAGGCUUGUCCAAGACCUUCCCUGUUCCCACUUCUGUGAGCCCCGUGACCUCACAGAUCCUUCUGUACCCCACCCUCAUCUGGCAGCCCCGACCUCAAGCUUCUGGAACCAGGUGUUCUCAGAACGGGGUGGGAGCCCAGCAUGCCGA